AUGGAGGUCGAGAGGGCCAGCUCGUACCCCAGUCGUCGUUGGCGAUCGCCAAUUGUGUUCGAGGCCGGGGACGCCUCGUCGUUCUCGUUCAGAAGGACGAAGCGGAGUCGUAUCUUCGACGACUCCAGCGACGACGACGACGACCUCCGUUAUGUCAAGGCUGUGAACGACGGCGGCGACGAGGAGGAGGUCGACGGAGACGAGGGGGAGCAGGUCGAGAGCGAGACCGAAUACAGUCCCUUGAAUGCGUACUACGGCGGCGGCGGCGGCGGCGAUGCUGUGGCGGAGGAUCCGUCGCGGCGAGGUGGAGGACGAGCAGGAGAAGAUCAACUGCCGCGGCCAAGGGCGGCGGAGGAGGAGGAGGACAGCGAUGACGAGAGACCUAUACGUUUCGUUCGUCGAGGCUCCGCUGCACCAGCGGCGCUUCGUCGAGGCUCCACCGAACCGUCACGGGCAGCGGCACCGGCGCCGGUGGCGAAGGCACCAGAACCGUCACCGUCAUCGUGCUCGGAUAGCUCGUCAGUGAUCCGGGACGCGACGGUGGAGGACAACGGCGCCCUUGAUUGUAGCAUCUGCUACCUCCCGCUGAAGCCUCCAAUCUUCCAGGUACAGUACACCCUCUACUCGGCCAUGGAUUCCAUCCAUGGAGUUUACUCCUCUUACUUUGUGAUCAUAAACUCAGAUUUGAUCAAAACUAUAUGGUUAGUUGUUCAAGAUGAUCAGGUAGCGCACGCCGCCCCCGGCUGCGCCCACCGGCCGGCGUACCACGACCGCGAGGCCCACGCCCGGGCGUGCCCGCACGCGCCGUGCCGCUGCCCCGGCGAGGCCUGCGGCGACGCUGGCCCGGCGGCGGCGCUUGCCGACCACGGCUGGCCCUGCACCGCCGAGAACGAGGACGGGGCCGGCACCAACCUCAUCCUCCGCGACGGCUUCAACUUCCUCACCGCCUCGCGAGCUGCUGCUUCCCCCAACCAUGGCGCCGCGAACAAGUUCCUGUUCCUGCUGAACAUGGUGCCGGCGCGGCCGUUUGGCCGUGCCAUCACGGCCUUCUGCAUACACCCAGACCGCACCGCCACCGCCACGCUCCAGGUCAGCAUCUACGGUGGCGAGAGGUGCAACGACAUGUGCAUCAAGCACCUCCAGUGGUCAAAGUUCAAGGUCUGGUGCACGGACCUCUCCGACGGGCUGCCCGAUCCCAGCAGCGGCUGCUUCGUGUUCGUCGUGCCCGGGCCCGGCCGUGAAGAGGGAGAUGACACUACCAGGAACAUUGUUGGCGUCACCCCACCACACAUCCAGUAG